GUUAAAGGGACUGUGCAUCGUCGAUGCCGCCCUCGUCUUAGUGUGAUUGGUUGUCUGUUUGUUUGUUGAUUUGAGGGAGGGUGCGUUUUGCGCAGUCGGAUAAUGGUGUCUAUCCAUCUGUCAAGGGAACUGUGCAUCGUCGUCGUUGUCAGUAUCUGUGGUGCUGUUGGUAGUGUUGCAAGUAGAAGAAGGGAAGAGGACUUCCUCGCCCGUGAUGGGCUGUGGGUUAAUUACUUUAAUUAAUUAGAUCGCGCCUUUUCUUCGGAGCGGAUAGCUCUCUGUUGCCGUGGGCAGAACAGAAAUUAGUUGUUGUUGAGAGGCUAGUCUCCAGCGGAGGGAGAGCAAAAGAAGAAGAAGCGGGAGAGGAGUGGGGGAAGGGGGGGGAGGGGGAUGGGAAGAGGGAGGCAGGGUUCGGGACGAAGAAGAGGGUGGUGAUGUCGAUUUUUUUUUGGUGUCUUGUUAAAGAGAUGGCGGGAGGAUUGUCGAUCUGUCGGUCACGACGAUGGAGAAUCUCCUGUCUGGAUACGGUGUGUGGUUCCUUCUCCUCUCAUUCCCUUAGACAAUUUCCCGCGCACUUUUCCCGCGCGCUUUUCCCGCGCACUUUUCCCGCGCGCUCUUUUCGUUUCGCUUAAUCUCGGAAAUGAAAUUUGCAUAUGAAAGCCUCCUUCCUCUUCGGGGUUGUCAGAUGGACGGACAGGUCUGUGAACGGUAGGAUUGGUAGCGAGGAGUGAAGAGGAGGAUGUAUGAUUGCGAUUGCGGAAGUAAUCGGAGGAGGUGGUGUUUGUAGAGACUGGAUUGGAGUGAAUCUGUCCCCUGAUUGAAUGGCGUCGUUGCUGUCGAAAGUGGCUUUGUGUGAGUGCUUACUGCGACCAUCCACCAGGGGAAGCGCCCAUCUCAUCUUCCCCAAGUUGCUGAAGCUCUUGAGCUCUCGUGCAGCUCACUUUGAUCAGCACGGGCAAAUAUGGGAGAGGCUAUGUUUUCUUGAAUCUGACGAAUCCUGCCUAUAUAUGAUUUGCCUGCAAGGUGAUCAUGGCGGGAACACUCUCCGUUGAGCUUUUCUCAGACUGUGCCUCCGGAUUACUCAUCGAUGUGAGAAAAUCUGGAGCCUUUCGUGAACUCGCGGGCGGUUCGUGUUCCGUUUAUCUGUGUUGGGUGUGUUGUCAUGUUCUCUACUGAAGUCCACCGAAAAAUCAUGACUGUGCCAGACUGUUGCGUCGGACUUCCACCGACUCAGCUGGAGGUUGUCGUGCGUGUAUAGGAAACUCCAAAUGUCUAAGUGCUGCAUCCUCCCUGUUCGUCUACUCUGUGUGUGUGUGUGUGUGUGUGCGCGCGUGUGUGUGCGUGUGUGUGCGUGUGUGUGUGUAUGUGUGUGUGUGUGUGUGUAUGUGUGUGUGUGCGUGUGUGUGUGUGUGCGCGUGCGUAUGCGUGCGUGGGUGUGUGCGUGUGUGUGUGUCUGUGUGUGUGUCUGUGUGUGUCUGUGUGUGUCUCUGUGUGUGUGUGUGUGCGUGCGCGCCCCUGUCUGUGUGCAAAAGCAGCAAAAGCAGCAAAAGCAGCAAAAGCUGUGUGUGUGUGUGUGUAUGGGCGCGCCUGUCUGUGUGCAAAAGCAGCAAAAGCAGCAGAGACAGCAAAAGCAGCAAAAGCAGCAAAAGCUGUGUGUGUGUGUGUGUGUGUGUGUGUGCGCGCGCCUGUGUGUGUGCAAAAGCAGCAAAAGCAGCGGAUGCAGCAAAAGCUGUGUGUGUGUGUGUGCGCACGCGCCUGGGCGAUAGGGAGGUAGUGUAUUGGGAGAGAGAGGUGAAUUGUUUGUGGUUGUAUCGAGCGAAUCCGCUUAUGGAGGAGAGUGAGGUUCAGGGGAGGAUAAAGAGGGAGAGGGAGGACGAGCGGGACGAGGAGGGAGAGGAGGGAGAGGAGAGGGAAAGGAACGGCAAGGGUUGUGUUAGGGUAUCUCGUUCGGCAAGAGUAUUUUACUGUAUAAUUUAGUAACUGGCGUUGAAGCAGGAUAUAAUAAUAUAGCACCUGUGCGAUAGCAGGCUGUACUAGGGAUAGGGAUAGGGAUAGAGAUAGGAAAGGAGAGACUACUAUACUAUAUAUAGCACAACUUGUCUGUACUACCGGUAGGGGGAAUAGGGAAGAAGAUGAAGCGAUGAAGGCCCUUGGGGCUUUGGUCGUGAAAUAAUCUGUAAGGCGGGGUCUCGGCCUAUCAACGCUUAUUAGCGGCUAAGUGGGAAGAUUCCUCCUCCUCUUGUCAAGUUGAUGACGCGGCAUUUCAUGUUGUUAAUAUUAUUAUUAUUAUUUUUUUUUCUUUUCAUGAAGUGAAUUUUUCUGUUAUAAGUAAUUCAAGGGGACAAGGCCUAGAGCGUAUUGUGAUAUAGUAAUAAAUCAUAUUGGGGAGGAAUUUAUAUGCUGCUGAUGCUACUGAUUACAGAACGGAAUCUGCAUUUGUUACCAACUGAAAGAAGCGAAACGGAACGGAACGGAAUGGAACGGAAUGGAAUUUAUAUGCUGCUGCUGCUGAUUACGGAACGGAAUCUGCAUUUGUUACCAACUGAAAGACGCGAAACGGAACGGAACGGAACGGAAUUCCGGAAUCUGUAUGUGUGGGCGGCCCUCCACUACUCUCGACAUGCAGAAAAGACCAAAAAUAUGGCAAUGUAUCUUUCCGUGUUCUAGCGGUAGAUUCAUUCUCUGAUUUUGGACGUCUCGCGAGUAGUGGAGCGAGGCCUUGUUUCUCAAGGAAAACGAAAACGGAAUCUGCAUGCUUAAACGGAAACAAACGGAACGGACUUGC